AUGGCCACUUCGGAUGACGCAGCCCACACUGGAAGAAGCAAUUCAACCAAUGGCUCCUCAACACCUUUCAGCCAUCCCGGUUUUAAAGACUCCCAUCACCUGUUGAAUGACGAAGCGCGUGACUUCCUUUUGGCAAGGUCACAUUACUGCCGGAUCACAGACUCGCUAUGGCAGGUGGCUAGGAAAAACUUAACGGCUCUGGGUCGAACCGCCCUGGCUUAUCAGGCUGAUGUGAAUUCGCCUGAGUACUGUCAGAACAUUGCCUCUGACUGCGAUAUUGGGCCCAGGACUCCAUCUAAGGAAGUGAUAGUUCACAUCCUACGAUACUAUGCCGAUGCCCGAGAGGACUUUCUUGAGAGCUCAGCAGGCCGCUGCCGUGAAAAGCCAACAGCCCUCACCGUCAUCUUUGACGCGAUGCUCCGGUUGAGGAAAACUUAUACCGCCUGCAUCGGCCUUGGCGUCAUUACGCGUGCAUGCCUUCGACAAGACUGGAGAGAUCUGUUGCAAUCUCACUUGGCCGCUGAUUUCCUGGAGUAUCCUGCCGCUAAUGAUGAGAUCAUUGAAUCUUUUUAUGGCACACAUCCUCGGGGUCGUUUCACCGCUCUCAUUUCUCUGCUGCAGGAAGGCAUUCUGUCUGAGAGCAGCAGUGAAACCUCUACCCCGGAAUUAAAUCACUCGGAGCCUCUCAUAGCCCCGCAGCGCCAGUCUGGACAAGAGACUAUCACAUCUGGAAAGUCAAAGCCAAGCAGGGAAUACCAUCCAAACAACCUGGGGCCGUUGAGAAAGCGCCAUCGACUGGAUUGCCCGGAUUAUAGCUGGAUCAAGAGAUCAAGGUCACCUGAAGUACAAAACGACCUCCUUGAUGCCGCCAAUGGGGCUGUGCCUACUGGAUACCCACCACAGGGGACAGACGCUGAAACCACCCAUUCUGGAGAUACUCCUAUACCAGAGUCUUGCAAUACGAACGUUUGCAAGGUAAGGUCUCACCAAAACCAGUCUCUUUGUGGAGGAAUGGUAAACCCGGCCGCCAAUCACGAUGCCAACGCUUUGCCCAUUAAUGCUUCGACUGAUUCAAACCCUCCGACUCUCAAACGACCCUUGGGCGAUCCCUCAUUCAAUUCGGGCAUGAGGGAAACUUCCGCGAAAGAGCUGAGGGACUUCGGCGUGAAGAUGGAUCAUACUGCUGAGAGCGAACCGCCCUCUUCCCAUGCUGGUGGAGCUGGCAUGUUUCAUAAUGCUCAGCUUGGGGAGAUUGAGGAUCUUCGAGCAGCAUUACACUCGGCCAAUCUGCAGAUUGCCGAAAAGGAUGCCACCAUUGACAGGCUCAAAGGCUGUGACGAGGACUUGACUGAAUUCUUCGAGAGGCAGGAAGCCGUUAUCCGCGCAAGAGAGAGUUCUCUAGCAGUGAAAGACAAAGCCCUCAAAGCGGUCAAAGCUAAGCGUAAUAAAUUACGCAGAAGGUUAACAGCAAAGCUUUCUGCUAAAGAGUCUGAACUGGUAGAGAGAAAUGGGAGGAUCGAACAGCUGAAACGCGCGGAAGACUACAACAUGAGAAGAAUUGAGACCCAAGAUACCCUGAUCACGACCCAAACCACGGCGCUCGAAACUCUGCAAGUUACGAACGAUGAUUCAAUCAAGGAGUCAAAGCAAAGACUCCAAGAGAAGGAUUGUUGUAUCCGAGCAAAGGACAAAGUUAUCAAGGACCUUGAGAACACUAUCCAGCAGACGAAAGCCUUGGUGCAGGAUAGGAAUGCGUCAAUAAGGGCUUGUCACGACGCCCUGGAGGAAAAGACAGCUCAAGCCCAGAAGCUGGAGCGUAAGAACAGACGUCUCAAGGAGAGACUCAAGAAAAAGAAAGGCAAACCGGGCAAUGAAGCUAGUCUCAAGAGCCCCAAGGAACAAUCGGAAGCGCUCCGUCAGGAUUCUUGCUAA